UUCAAGGGUUUGUUCCUCGCCUCGCUCCAAAGACCGCACUUGUUUUGCGACUGCGGCAGUCUGAAGCUUGGAUUAGAAUAAACACGUUCCCUUCACCUCAGUGUAAAAAUUGCAGGUGCAGGAUUUACGGGAUGAAGUCAUUAGAAUGAAAGACGACGUCCUCCGACACUUGUUUUUUCAUCUGCGGACCACAUGAACUGCACACGGACACGCGCCAAAGUUAAUGGAUCGAUGAUGGUUGGAGAUUAAUUUGCUUCCUCGUCAGGCGUUUGCUUUAUUUUGUGGAAUAUAUUGAGACAUGGCAAAGAUGCUGUCCAUCCUCGCAAGAGUCGUGCUUUUCAAGAUACUGGCAGUUAUUGUCUUGCAAGCUGCUUCUAAUAACGGUAUCUUGGCGUCCCGCGCCAUGGUCCAAUUGGACUCAAAGGUGUCUGGCUCCCGGGGUUCCGCUGACUCACAGCUGUCUGAGACAACAGAAGCAAAGUCCAGACAAAAGCGCUGCACCUGCUAUUCCUACAAGGAUAAAGAGUGCGUCUACUACUGCCACUUGGAUAUCAUCUGGAUCAACACCCCCGAGCGCACUGUGCCGUACGGAAUGUCGAACUACAGAGGACGUCAGCGAAAACGACGUGGUGUUCAGCCGUCCCAACACGAGGGGGCAGAGACACCGCGCUGCCGUUGUGUUGUGACCGAUGCAGACCCGGAGUGUCGUGAUUUUUGUCUGUCAAGCUCCAUACAGAUCCUCCCAACCCGAAGUCGUCAUAAAAUUCCUGGACUUGGAUGACAGUUUGAUGCACCUCCAUCUUCUUCUCUUCUUCUUGGGUGAAUGGACCCUUCAUUUCUUUCCGUUUGGCACUUUGCCUUCCCAGGUACGCACAGGGAAAGAACUUUGGAGUUUAACACUGCCGACAUUCCUCAGCAUCAUAACUCUUGGAGCAAGUUGGUUUCAAGAACUCAGAAACUUCAGCAAAUGUGAUACAGACCGCGGAGCCUAUCCCCUUUCGAUCCCAUCUGAGAGCCUCAUGAGGAGAACUUUAACCACAACAUACUAGCUGGUGACCUUUUGUUAUGCAAAGCUCGUUUAGACCCACCCUUUGCGUUCAUAUGUAGUUUUAUGAACUGCCUUUGACUCAGUCUUUAAAAAUAAUGAGAUCAUAUCAAUGUAUAUAGGAAGACGGAGGCAUUUUUGCAAAAAUGCUGUAGAGGGAAAAGCGCCAGGAGGAGCUAUGUAAAGCAGGGUGAAGCCAUGAUAUUUUGAUGUUUUGCCUGAUACUUUGCCAUUAAAACACCAUUCCACAAUGGAGAAUACCACUUGUGUUAUGAGGCAUAUUACUGAGUUUUGGUUUAUAAUAUUAUGUAGCCUGUAUGGAGGGCAUUUAAUUAUAUUAUUUGUUAAAACCAUUAUUGAUGUUCAUCAAGCUUUCAUCUCAGUUCCACAGCAAGCUCAGAUUAAUAGCAACUUCAGAGCCAGUGAACUGCUUUAUGGUGUAUAGCUAGGAUUCAUGUAAAAAACAACUAUGCGAUGCAUCUUAUUAUAUCAUUAACCUUCAGCUGAGCAAUAAAUACAUUUAUUCAGUGUCCUCUAACAGAUUCUGAGCGAGCAAACUUUGCUUAUUUAUUCUCUAAAAUGUUUGCACCUUUCAGAAUUUAGAGUAAAAGUAACAAAAAUAUUCUCACAGCAGAAAAACUGCGGUUAGUAUAAACUAAAGCCAAGUCAGAUUACGCAGACUGCUCUAGAAAAUCAAACAGGAAAAUUACAGGAGUAAAUGUUAGUGUCUGUUGCUUAAUUUAUGGAGUUUAAAAUGAGGAAGCUCUAAUAAUUGACUUAUAUUAGGCCCUCGAGCUUAAACUAGCAUUACAGUGUUUUUCACAUAUUUCAUGUGUAGUCACAGGUUCAGGAAUGCAGCUCCUAAAUUAAACUUGUCACAAUUGGCAUCUGUGUGCAAGAAAGAUAAGAAAAAGGAUGAGAGGCCGUGAACAUUAAGCAAUGUGAUAAUAUUGAUUGUGGGGAAAAAAGUAGUAUUGUUACACUUAAAGAGCUACUUUUUAAUGUGAGGAGAACAAGACCGUGUCUAUAGUUUUAUAGUUUAGUUUUGUUAAAGAAUCCAGUGUUGAAAGCAAGCAUAUGAUAUGUAACAUAUUGGAUGCACAGAGUCAAAACUAUGCAUACAUUUUCCAAAUUACACAUAGACUUUCAAAAAUCUCCUCACUUUGUGUUGUAUGUACAGUGUGUGAGUGUGUGUGAAUUGUAUUUACAUUUAAAAGCUCGUAUUCCCAUUCCUUAAUCAACCGUUAAACAUAGCAGGUCAAUAAAAAAGAAGCUUACUCGAAAUAGAGGUGGGAGCCAGGAUUUCCUUUAACAGUAUGACAAAACAUCAUUAACACUGGCAGUAACAGUGGUUUAUUAUAGAGAUGAAAUAACUUUUCUUCCUGUAAGACUGGUAACUUUAUAUAAUCUGUUAGCCAGUAAUAGUGACUAUUUUCAUGCUAUUUACUUGUUGUACGCUUUUUAUUAAAACAGGUGUGACUCUUAAUCUUUGGACAAGAUUUCAGGAGAUAUGAGGAGCAGUAAACAGAGUCAUUUACAUGUAAAUCCUUUCAGUUAUAUAAGUGAACCUUUUUAUAUGGUGUGACAAAAUUUCGCACUUCUUUUUCACCAUUAUGUAAAUCCUGCUUUUUCUUUAAAUUCUCUUUCUGUGUAUUUGGUCCUCACACCAUACAAAUACUUCAUUACACACAUACAACUGCCUCAGACUGCGUAAAUGUACAAUAAGUACCCAGACCCGGUGAAGUGAAAUUCUUUCAUCAGAAAUGGAGCUUCUCUGGUCUAGAAAAGUGGUUUGAUGUGGGGAAGUACUGAGAACAGCACAGCUGAGUAGCCUCAGGGUUUAUUGUCUGUUUAUUGUCUGCACAAGGUCAAUCACAGUGCUUUAACUCUUUUCACCAAAAAUUACUCACUCGUAGUAUUAAAUUAUUCUGUUAUUAUAUGUUACCUUAUAUAUGUAAUCAAAGUAGUUGAAUUAGAAUACUGCUGUA